CAUGUCAGACGAUGCUACACGUCAAAAGUGCAUCUGUGGCCUGUUGCACAGGAAGAGAAGGAGGUGCGACAGGAAGGAUAGAAAGAGAGGGAAAGAAAAAGACAGACGGUGCGUGACAGACACUCAAACAGAAAGUGCCGAACGGAGGAUGAAGAUGAGGUCUGUGAGAAGUAGGGUAGAGACGAGCAGAGGUUAGUGAAACUCAAAAACACCUGCUGCUUCUGCCGUGUGUUUAGAGCCGCCAAAUCUGAAGAACAACACGACCAGCGACGUCAACAGGGAAUGGAUCCUACCGAAUCACACUGAUGGUCUCAUAACACACACACACAAACUCGGACACGCUUUCCUUUUAGCGCUCUGCUGGGAUGGCUAGACAUGACCAUAUCCCAUGGGAGGAAUACUGCUACCUGGAUCUGAAGUCCAAUGCUCAAAAACAAGAGACUAGCAAAAGGAUGGAAGAUCCCGGGUGGUUACGCAGACACCAGGCUUUGUUGCAAAGGUUCUUAUCCACCUCCAUCUUGGUAAAUGUGGUGCAUCACAUGAGAAAAGCAGACCUGCUCAAUACACAGGAGGUGGGGCUUAUCCAGGAAAUGGGGGCUUUGAAGGAUAAAGUGCAUUUAUUGGUUGAGUUCCUGUCCGUCACUGAUCCACAUGGCGCCGCCCUUCAGACUUAUCUUCAAAGUUCACACCAGACUGAGUACAACCUUAUAACUGUACAUGACUCUGUGGUUCGACCACAUAAAGACGCUCUACUUCAGCGUCUCAAAGAAGAUGAAAAAACUCAAGCCGGUGGAAGCUCACACGGUUCCUCUUUCCUCCUUAUUGAGUGCGUAUCUGAUCUUCAGCAGCGAGAACACGACCUCGUGCAGGUGUCAGUCAACAGAGGGGCGGGGCCUCUUCACGGUCGAGCGCUGGGAUUGGACAAGCUGAUCGUGCCUUUGACGAGGGUCAGCACCGCCCCACGUGUGACGCUGACCGUGGGCGUGGCUGGCAGCGGGAAGACCCGAAUGGUCCACCGUUUCGUCCAACUUUGGAGCAGCGGUCACAUCUAUCCAGAGCUGAGUCUUGCGAUCCCCAUUGCAUGCUGGGAAUUGAGCAGUUUCGAUCGGUUAUCGGUCGAGCGCUUGCUACGGUUGUUCGUUCCGUAUGAUAACAUGGAUGUAAUUACUUUUAAUGAGUCCUGCAAAAUAUUACUAAUUUUGGAUGGAUUGGAAGAGUUUCGCCAAUCGUUGGAUUUCGCAGAUGCCCCGCCCACUAGCGACCCUCGUCGCGAAAUUCCAGUAUCGGACCUUAUUGCGAAUAUUGUACGAGGUAAUCUGUUGCCAUGGGCAACGCUGUGGCUUUUGUCAAGGCCUGGCGUUGGGGCAAAAGUUCCGGCGGGAUUGGUCGAUCGUGUGACCGAAGCCCCGCCUUUUUCGCGAACGCAAAUAAAGAAUUAUAUUGACCAUUGUGUAACGAACAAGUUAGAUGUGUACUCUAUAUCACACGAGAGCUCAUCGUCUCAAACGUACACACCUGAGGAUGUCUCCUCUCAAGUGUGGACUUACCUGAAUUCUCAGAAACCGUUGCUCAUUUUGUCUUCCGUCCCUGCGGUCUGCCACAUUAUCGUGACCACAUUAUCGCGCCUUAUAAAGUUGGAUUCAGAUUCCACGCCCCUUCCUCGGACUCUUACAGAAGUCUAUGCCCACUACUGUUGGCCACACCUCUCUGGAUCUGACCCGGCCAGUGGCGGCAUCAGGAAGCCGCUGAGCUCUCUGGGUCGUCUUGCGUUUUAUAGCCUUUUACGGCGACGGUAUACAUUCAGCGAGAACGAAUUGCGAACUUACGGUGUUGACGUACCUCCUCAGGUUGGGACACUCGGCCACCGCAUCCUCCAGCGCAAGCAAAGCUGGUCGUACGAUAGCGUGGUGUGGCAGUUCACGCACACGUCUGUGCAGGAAUUCCUGGGAGCUCUUUUUUACUACAUUUCAUCAAGGCGUGGGAUGUUUGAUCUGUUCUCGGAAAGUAGUGUCUCCUGGCCCCGCAUUGGCUUCCACAGUCACUACCGUGCAGCGCUGCAGAAAACCAACCAAUCGGACGCCGCAGCGCAAGGCAACCUCGACCUCUUCAUGCGCUUCUUGUCAGGGCUGAUGUCUCCGGCGGUCACCGCUUUGCUAGGUGGUCCUCUGGGCGUUUCCCGCGAGGAGCAGGUGACCCAGCGCACCACGGCGACAAAUUUACUUCAGAGUACCGUGACGGGGACAGGAGGUGACGCCGUAAGUAUGCGCAGCGUCACAAUAGUCACGUGUCUGGCGGAGCUGCAACAAGGGGAGUGGCUACGGUCAGUCGAGGAAGAUCUCAUUAACUGCGGCCUGCGGGGAAAGCUGAAGGGUGGAGUUUGCUCUGUGCUAGCUUACUUGUUGCAAGUAUCGGAUGCAUGUACAGAAGAAACGCAACUGUCUAAUUGCCUAGACUCCUCCUCCCUAAAGAGGCUCCUCCCACAGCUGCUGUACUGCAGUAAUCUGAGAAUGGAAAACAAUGAAUUUAAGGAAGGUGCCAUGGAGCUGUUGGGAAGUCUGUUGAGUGCCAAAGAGUGCCAUAUUCAGAUGCUCAGUCUGGCAGACAACUCAAUCAGCAGUAAAGGAGUUAAUCCACUCAGUCGGGCUCUACUCGUCAACCGAACCCUCACGACCCUAGACCUCCGUGGAAACAACAUCGGCGCCAAGGGAGCGAAGACCUUGAGCGAGGCUCUCAAAAUGAAUCAGGUCCUCGUGUCAGUCAAUUUGCAGAGUAACCACAUAGAGGAUGACGGUGCUCGUGUGCUGGCGGACGUUCUUCAGUCAAACCGAAAGCUCACCACACUGAAUCUUCAGAAGAACGGCAUUGGAGCAGAAGGAGUGAAAAAAAUCGCAGAGGCCCUCACAAAGAAUCAAACGCUACAGGAUCUCAAUGUGUCCGGCAAUCAUCUGGGUGAUUUGGGAACCGUGGCUCUGGCUCAAGCACUUAUGGUCAACCACGUUCUCCACACGCUCAGUCUUCAGAGUAACUCUGUGAGUGACAGAGGCAUUAGAGCGCUCUCACACGCUCUUCAGUCAAACCGAGGACUCAGCUGUCUGAAUCUAAGGGAGAAUUCAAUAGGAGUGUCUGGUGCCAAAGACAUCGCCAAAGCCUUAAAAGUCAACACGUGUCUUAGAGAACUCGAUCUGACUGCUAAUCUUCUUCAUGAUGAGGGUGUGACGGCCAUCGCUGAAGCCAUGAGGGUCAACCGAUCGAUCACGUCCUUACACCUCCAGUGGAACUUCAUGAAGGCUGGAGCAGCUAAAGCUUUAGCUCAGUCUCUCAUGAGCAACACCUGCGUUCAGCUUCUGGAUCUGCAGGAGAACGCUCUUGGUGAUAAUGGUGUCAUUGCUCUGGCCUGUGCUCUGAGGACAAACUCUUCUCUCGGUGUGCUCUAUCUUCAGGGUGUAUCAGCAGGUAAAUUAGGAGCCGUUGCACUAGCCAAUGCUCUGGUCAUCAAUGAAACCCUUCAUACACUAGAUCUGCGUGGAAACUCCAUCGGGAUGGAAGGAGCGAAGGCGUUUUCCAGCGCUCUAAAGAACAACAGGGGUUUGAGAAGUCUGAAUCUACAGGAGAACUCUCUGGGGAUGGACGGAGCGAUCUUCAUCGCGACUGCACUGAGAGGAAACCAUCAGCUCACCUACAUCAAUCUCCAGGGUAACGGCAUCGGGGAGUCGGGGGCAAAGGUCGUGUCAGACGCCAUCAAAGCCGGUGCACCAGAUUGUGUGGUGGAUAUCUAGUUCAAAAAACGUCUAUUUAGAGUCUUAUGCAUGAUGUAAAUAUCAUUAAAGUUGUGUAUUAAUAAAUGUUUAUUUUAUAAAACAGAACUGACAAUAACAAAAUAACAAUUUAGUUGAAAUGAAUACAAAUAACUGAGAAUUUGAACAGGCAAUUGAACAGGCAGCUACACUUGAAUACAAACAAGAAGAUAUUAAAUUUUGGGGAAAUUACAUUUAGGUAUUUACAUUGUAGUACAUUGUCACGUUCAGUUUGAUGCAGCAGGUUACAUAGGAAUUGGUUCUUGAAAAGUUUAAAGGAGACCAACUGAGCGAUUUACAAGCGACUGCAUGAUCAAGUUACAUGUUAAAAGUCAUUGUCGCUCUCCUCGAGGAUUUGUGGGUGUAGUGAUCGCUUUGACCGUCCGGCUUUGGCAGAGGAUCCCUCCAGACUGUCAUUGUCUUCGUCCAGAUCCUCGUUUUCCUCCUCAUCUUCCUCACCAUCUUCAUCAUCAUCGUCUACGUCAAUCUCACUGUUCUCUGACUGCAAACCAAAGCACAUUGUGAAUUACAUAACAGAACACACACACAGCAGUCAGUGGAUGGUGGUGAUUGGAACGAGGCUCAAUUAAUACUCCUUAUUCAGAUUUAUUAGAACGAGUAAUUAUGAGAACGCCCAGGAGUUCACGCUCGCACUCAAACACGCCAGCUAAAACAAAACUAAAAUAAAUUGAAAGCUAUCUCAUAAAAUAUAAAUAUUAAAUGAAAAACAUACACUUUGACCAAGUUCAGUUAGUUAGUCUAAACUUGAAAGAGAACCUAAAUUACUCAAACUGAUAUAUAUUUGUACUUUUUUAAAUCUAUAUUUAACAAAAAUAUAAAGUGGUGAAUUGUUUUUUGUUUUUUUUGUGUGCAAACGCAGCAAACUUACUUUAUUAAAUUAAGUUUAAACCACUGGAGUCAAUGGAUUACUAUCGCUCUGGGGUUGUGUGGCUGUCAAUGGAGGGACAGAAAGUCUUACGCGUUUGGACCGACAUGACAGAAUUUUUAUUUUUGGCUGAACUAACCCUUGAAUACUAUAUAAAUAACACUGGCGCAAACACACACACACACACGCCACCUUUCUCCUCUUUUGCUUCCGGCCGCUGCCGGACAGACGAGCUCGUUCCUUUACUCUGGGCUUGAAGAACGAGUGCAGAGGAAGAAAAAGAGAGAUGGAGUGAAAACGGAGUGAAUGAAAUGAGAGCUGGUGGCAUAUACAGUGUGGAGAGCAUGAAGGAAAAACAGGGAAAUGUGAA